GGACUCUUUUGAAACUUCUCCGGGCGGAGGUGCAGGAACUUGCCGCCUGCGCCCUCGCGCGCCGCAUCCGCACUUGAACUUGGGUCCCCACCGCGCGCGCGCGCCCCGCUUCCACCUUGCGGCCCGCCGGGGAGCCGCUGCGCGGAAAACCCUAUGAACUGGCCAGAGAGGGCGUGAUCCCGGAACCCGGGUCCUUUUGGGUGUUACAGCGGAGGCAGCGAGUGGAGAAGGAGGAGGAUGACCCUGCGGCCUCUGGGGACCUCCCCUCGGUAAUGCCCACAUGAUGUUUGACUCGGGUGGAAUGUGGUGCUGUCCCCAUUGGAAAUGGAAGCCAAGGCCCCUUCUGCUUGUGCUGGCUUUAUGCAUCUCUUGUGUUCCUUGCUCAGCGUGGGGAUGUGCCAAUUGCAGAGUGGUCCUGUCCAGCGCUUCCGGAACCUUUACUUCUCCAUGCUACCCCAAUGACUAUCCUAACAGCCAGGCUUGCCUGUGGACCCUCCGAGCACCCACCGGCUAUAUCAUCCAGAUCACGUUUAAUGACUUUGACAUUGAAGAAGCUCCAAAUUGCAUUUAUGACUCAUUAUCCCUUGAUAAUGGAGAAAGCCAGACAAAGUUUUGCGGAGCAACGGCCAAAGGUCUAUCAUUUAACUCAAGUGCGAAUGAGAUGCAUGUGUCCUUUUCAAGUGACUUUAGCAUCCAGAAGAAAGGUUUCAAUGCCAGCUACACCAGAGUUGCUGUGUCUUUAAGGAAUCAAAAAGUCAUCCUACCGCAGACCCAAGAUGCUUACCAGGUAUCAGUUGCUAGGAGUGUCUCCAUCCCAAAGCUUAGCGCUUUCACACUCUGCUUUGAAGCAGCCAAAGUCGGCAAUGAAGACAGCAACUGGACGGCUUUCUCAUACUCGCACAUGUCCCUGGCCGUGCCGUCACUCAGUUUUGGAAAGACAAACGCUGACUACUUCUUGUCCGUCUCUGGUUCAAAGUGCUUGCUGAACAGCUUGUUACCGCUGAAAGACAAGGAAGACAUCUUCACGGAAACCUUUGAGCAGCUCUGCAUCAUGUGGAACAACACUUUGGGAACUGUUGGUAUAAAUUUCAAAAAGAACUAUGGAACAGUUCCCUGUGAUUCCACCAUUGGUACUGUUAUUCCUGGGAAUGGGAAACUGUCGUUGGGCUCUGACAGGAACGAAGUGGCCUCUCUAAAAGGGGACAUUUAUAACUUUCGACUUUGGAAUUUUACCAUGAGUUCAAAACUUCUCUCCAACCUCAGCUGUAGUGCACAAGGGAAUGUCAUUGACUGGCAAAAUGACUUUUGGAGUAUUCCAACUCAGGCUCUGAAAGCUGAAAGCAACCUGAGCUGUGGUUCCUACCUGAUUCCAUUGCCGGCAGCAGAGCUAGCCAACUGCGCAGAGCUGGGCACCCUUUGUCAAGAUGGAAUCAUGUAUAGGAUUUCUAUAGUGAUUCAAAACAUUCUUCAUCACCCUGAAGUCAAAGUGCAGAGCAAAGUGGCAGAAUGGCUUAAUUCAACCUUCCAGAAUUGGAACUACACUGUCUAUGUGGUUAAUAUCAGUUUUCAUCUGAGCACCGGUGAGGACAAGAUCAAAGUCAAGAGAAGCAUUGAAGAUGACCAAAGGGUAGUGCUGUGGGCCCUUCUAGUUUACAACGCCACCAACAAUGCCAACUUGGAAGGAAAAGCCAUUCAGCAGAAGCUGUUAACAAAUAAUGCAUCUCUGGAUGAGGGUUUGAGGUUACAUACAGUGAAUGUGAGACAACUGGGCCUAUGUGGUGCAGUGGAGGAACCUAAGGGCUUUUAUUGGCCAGCCACCCCACCUUCAGAAUACAGCCAUUCGUGUCCUGACAAGCCUGGCUUUUCUGUCUCACGGACAUGUUACCGCCACCCUUCCAACACAUCAUUAGCCUUCUGGGGCCCCCUUGAUGUCUCCAACUGUUCAAGGGAAGCAAAUGAAGUUGCCAAUCAGAUAUUAAACCUAACUGGUGACGGGCAGAACUUGACCUCAGCCAAUAUUAACAGCAUUGUAGAGCAGGUCAAAAGAAUCGUGAACAAAGAAGAAAACAUUGACAUAACGCUCGGCUCAACUCUCAUCACUAUAUUUUCUAACAUCUUAAGCAGCUCAGAUAGUGACUUGCUUGAGUCAUCUUCUGAAGCUUUAAAAACAAUAGACGAACUAGCCUUCAAGAUAGACCUAAAUAGCACACCACAUGUGCAUAUCACCACUCAGAAUUUGGCUCUUGGAGUAUCUUCCCUGAACCCAGAGACAAAUGCAAUUUCAAAUUUUAGCAUUGGUCUUCCAGGCAAUAAUGAAUCAUAUUUCCAGAUGGAUUUUGAGAGAGGACAAGUGGAUCCAUUGGCUUCAGUAAUUUUGCCUCCAAAUUUACUUGACAAUUUAAGUCCAGAAGAUUUUGCACUAGUUAGAAGAGCUCAGUUUACUUUCUUCAACAAAACUGGACUUUUCCAGGACGUAGGACCCCAGAGGAAAACCUUAGUGAGCUACGUGAUGGCGUGCAGUAUUGGAAACAUUACCAUCCAGGAUCUGAAAGAUCCUGUUCAGAUUAAAAUCAAACACACAAGAACUCAGGAAGUACAUCAUCCCAUCUGCGCCUUCUGGGAUCUGAACAAAAACAAAAGUUUCGGAGGGUGGAACUCCUCGGGGUGUGUUGUGCACAGAGAUUCAGAUGCAAGUGAGACCAUCUGCUUAUGUAACCACUUCACUCACUUCGGAGUCCUCAUGGACCUUCCAAGGAGUGCCUCACAGAUGGAUGGAAGAGACACCAAAGUCCUCACCUUCAUCACAUACAUCGGCUGUGGAGUAUCUGCAAUUUUUUCAGCAGCAACCCUCCUCACAUAUGUUGCUUUUGAGAAAUUACGAAGGGAUUAUCCCUCCAAAAUCCUGAUGAACCUGAGCUCAGCCCUGCUUUUCCUGAAUCUCAUCUUCCUCCUGGAUGGCUGGAUCACCUCCUUUGACGUGGUCGCCCUCUGCACAGCUGUUGCUGCCCUGUUGCAUUUCUUCCUCCUGGCUACAUUCACCUGGAUGGGGCUGGAAGCCAUCCACAUGUACAUCGCCCUCGUCAAGGUUUUUAACACCUACAUCCACCGGUAUAUCCUGAAGUUCUGCAUCAUCGGCUGGGGUUUGCCUGCGGUGGUGGUGUCGAUUAUUUUAGCCAGCAGAAAACAAAAGGAAGUGUAUGGAAAAGAAAGUUAUGGGAAAGAACAAGGGGAUGAAUUCUGCUGGAUCCAGGACCCAGUGGUGUUUUACGUGAGCUGUGCUGGGUACUUUGGAGUCAUGUUCUUCCUGAAUGUCGCCAUGUUUGUCGUGGUGAUGGUGCAGAUCUGUGGGAGGAACGGCAAGAGAAGCAACCGGACCUUGAGAGAAGAGGUGUUAAGGAACCUGCGCAGUGUGGUUAGCCUGACCUUCCUGCUGGGAAUGACAUGGGGUUUUGCUUUCUUUGCCUGGGGGCCCUUAAAUCUCCCAUUCAUGUACCUGUUUGCCAUCUUCAAUUCAUUACAAGGCCUGUUCAUAUUCAUUUUCCACUGUGCUAUGAAGGAGAAUGUGCAGAAGCAGUGGCGACGACACCUCUGCUGUGGCAGGUUCCGGUUAGCAGACAACUCAGAUUGGAGUAAGACAGCGACCAACAUCAUCAAGAAAAGUUCCGAUAACCUAGGGAAAUCUUUGUCUUCAAGUUCCAUUGGUUCCAACUCAACUUAUCUCACAUCCAAAUCCAAAUCCAGCUCUACCACCUAUUUCAAAAGGAACAGCCACUCAGACAGUGCUUCCAUGGACAAAUCCUUGUCAAAACUGACCCAUGCUGAUGGAGAACAAACGUCAAUCAUCCCCGUUCAUCAGGUCAUUGAUAAGGUCAAGGGUUACUGCAAUGCUCAUUCGGAUAACUUCUAUAAAAAUAUCAUCCUGUCUGACUCCUUCAGCCACAGCACGAAGUUUUAGUGUCAUUGACAGAAGAAAAGAGAAAACCUGCCUUAGAAACGUGAAGAUCAGCCACCCCUGAAAACUCCCGACUAGCAGAUGCCAGUGUGCGGUUCCCUGGGUAACUGCAUAGGAGAGGAGGGAUGAAAGUUGUUAACAGGCUUUUGAAGAAUUUUAUAGAUAUCCUAUCCAAGGUGUCCUUUCCGUGGAUGAACUUCAGUCAUUGCUACUCCAGUGCUGAAGGCAUUAGGGUUCAGGAGUUCAAGGAGAUAGAACGCUUUAGAAUGUGGAACUGAGUUGAACUAAUCACAACUUGGCAGUGGGACAUGUUAAAGCUAGAGGAAGAAAGCCAAGGACAGACUCUAGCUUAGAUCUUGUACCUCAUGAUCAAGCUUAGAAGUAAACAUUUUUCAAUAUCCACUUUUUCAAAGAUCAUAUGAAAAGCAUACCAAUGUUUGUGUUUAUUUUGGAUGCCCAAAAGUUCCACUGCACUGCUAGUUUCUGUGAAUAUAGCAGUGUUUUUCAUUCCCUUUUCAAUAAAAUGUCAACCACAGGGUGAAAAAACGGUUAAUAUUUGACCCAAAGAUUAAAAAUAAAAUUUCUUUACUGUGUCAACUAUUUACCCUUCAUGACCAUAAUAACAUGCUAAGGAAAGUUUUCCAAAAAUAUUGACCUAACUAAUGAGAUUAUGUAAAUUUCUAGUAGUUCGUUUAUUCUAGUCAAGACGUAAAGCUUAAAUAUUGUCUCAUGAUCUGCCAUACAUACAUUUGAAUCCAGCUGAAGGACGGUCAUCCAUUAAUGUAGACCUGGCAGGAAUCACUGAAUAAAAACUUGUUAGACCUCUCCUUCCCACCUUCACUGUGUAAGGAGCCCGCAGGCUUCAGAGGGGAAGGAGAAGGUCUGUUAGGUAUGCUGUGUAUACUAGACUUUCCCUUUUAGGAAACACACUUUUGAGACUCUCUGGUCCUGCCCUCGCUCUAACAAUUUUAAGAUAUUUCAAAUCACACACACUUUAAAGACCUCUGACUUUCUCUAGUGAGAAUUUUGUCCCUAGGAGCAUACACGGAAUGUGGCUGUCUCAGUUAAUCAAAAUAAUUUAUAAAUAUGUGGGUCUGCAACUGUUAGCAUUCUCCAGUGAUAGUGUGUAUGGGCCUAAGAAGGUCUGGCAAGAUAUAUGGUGUAAUAUUUAUGAGUCAUAUUGCUCCAUUCUAAUCAUGCAUGUUAGGCAGUGCAUCUAACUGUUAUGCUAUCCUGAGCAAGGAGUGUUUGCCAUUGAAGAAGUAAGAGCCUACAAUUUAAGUGUUCUGAAUGAAGGAGUCUUAUCCAGCUGUCUCUGUGCAUGUUAUGCAUUACCUGUGUCCAAGACUGUCUGGAAAGCACCUGUUUUUGCUAUGUAACAGCACAGUAAUGAGAAAGGGGGAUAUUAUAGAGAAAGUAGGAGCCAGACCUGAGCCUCGAAAAUGUGCUGCUCUGUCCAGGAAGCUGGUAAUUCUUAGCGUAAGAUGUGGAAUCCUCACAGGCUGUGCAUCAACUCAGGAGGACUCGCAUCUAUAGCUGGUCUUCUACCUAAAAGCUAGAUGGCAGGCUCCAAAGGAUGCUAACUCAGUACAGUGAUUUUUUUUUUAUUAUUAUUAUUACUAUUCGUGUUUGUUGCAACCUGAAACUUCAUCCCAGGGAUGUGAACUUUGCCCAGCCUAGCUUUCACACUAUAGGGAGCCACUGAGGAGAAAAGGCAAAUCUUUAGGUCACUACGUUCCACUUCAGUAAAGCCAGGUUCUUUUCUCUGGGCUUAUAUUAACAGGCUUCUUAUUGUGCCAGAAAUGACAUACAUAGAUAAAUGAAAACUAUUCUCAAACAGUCACUGGAAAAAAAAAAUCAUAUCCUUCUCCCCAACUUUAGAUAUUCAUGAUAGGUUUUAAUUAGGUUUCUACUGUGAGAUUUCUGUACCAUGUGCACAGUUAAGUAGUAGUAAUUAAGAUAUGCCUUCAAGCCUGUAUAUAUCAAAUAUAUAUAUUUGGCAAUAAUGUCAGCUCCACUUUGAAAAUUUCCAACAGCCAAAUGAGAAAAAAUGAAAUAGCUGAAUAUUUGAAAAUGGAUAUAAAAGACUGAGACAAAUUCUACCUUAGUUUUAAGUAUGCAUCUCUUACAUUACUUGUCCCCUAAGAACAGUAGGGCAGGAAUUUAACUGGGAAGCCAAACUUCAGCCUGCACCCUUCUUUAAACUUAUAUCAAUUUAUACUUUUUCCCUUCUCCCCACCCCGCCCUUCAUCAGCUGUCUUUGUUAGUGAUGUUGUGUUAGUUAUUGCUUGAGUCUGGGAUGCUGAGAUGGUCUCCAUUCGUGUUGCCAUUGCCCAACAUUAUAGGCAUUUCCUUCAUUGUUGGCCUAGUCUCUUUUGUAUAUAUUUAUUUAUUUGUGUUCAUAAAUGUCAAUUGUUUCUUAUUGUAGCUUUAUAUUGCCUAGCUUCCCUGUUUUCAUUAAUUUCCUAUUAGAGAGACUGUAUAUAUUUUUUCUAGAAAAAUUGUGAAAUAGUUUUCUGUAGCAAUACUUUUGAAUAUGAUGGGAAAAAAUGACUGUGAGUGCAAAUUAGACGUAGUAGUGAGAAGCUGCGAUCGCCGGUUUGCUAUUUUACUUACAUGGAAAAUGAUUUUCAAAUAAAU